AUGUCCCAGGACGGCAGCAGCCCCCGGCCGAGCCGCGCGGAGCCGUCCCCGCCGCCAGAGGAGGAUGAGACCCUGCGGCUGUCCCCGCCACAGCCCCCGGAAGCGGUGCCCAAGCGGGAGAAGCCCAAGGAAGAUGCUGAAUCCCAGAAAGUCCUGACGAACGGAGCAGCCAAGGCCCGGCCCGAGCUGGCCCAGGAUGCCGUGACGUGCCAGCCCCAAGUGCGAGUGUCGCCGCCGGGCGCCCAGGCUCCUGGUGCCGCAUCCCGGCUGCUGCCCAACGGCGCCGGGAAGGGGCUGGAGGGCGGCGGGGAGCCGGGCAGCGGCCCCUUCCGCCCGCUCGCCGCGCCGGGGAAGCCGCCCCGCAAGCUGCAGUCCCACCACUCCAUCAACAGCCAGGCCAGCAAGAAGAGCAAGGGCAGCUCCAAGUCCGCCUCGUCCCACAUCCCCAUCGAGGCUCAAGAAGACUGCUGCGUGCACUGCAUCCUCUCGUGCCUCUUCUGCGAGUUCCUGACGCUGUGCAACAUCGUGCUGGACUGCGCCACGUGYGGCUCCUGCACCUCCGAGGACUCCUGCAUCUGCUGCUGCUGCUGCAACUCGGGCGAGUGCGCGGACUGCGACCUGCCCUGCGACAUGGACUGCGGCAUCAUCGACGCCUGCUGCGAGUCCGCCGACUGCCUGGAGAUUUGCAUGGAGUGCUGCGGCCUCUGCUUCUCCUCCUGAGCCUCCACGGAGGCCCGCGGGGCGCAGAGAGACCCUCGGGCGGCGG